GAUUAGCCAGACGCUCACAAAAAGAUUAGAGGGUCACAUGGUGGCAUCUUAUAAACACUGUCUGCGAGAAACCCUGGUCCCGCCCUCCCUCUCUGCUCUGUGUCAUCUCAUCGUUCAGCAGCAAGAGUGGGUGUAGGCUCCCGCAGCAUCACAAAGGUGGCGCUUCUCCUUUUGACUACGCUGUAAUGCCCGGGGCGAGGGAGGGGAGAGGUAGACAGGAUCAGGGUCAGAUGGAGCCUAGUUAGCUGGACUGACGAGUAGAGCGAGAGAGAGAGAGAGUGUGUGUGUGUGUGUGUGUGUGCGCGCUUAUGAGUGAGAGAGAGAGCGAAUCACAGAGGGAGAGCAGUGUGUGCAUGUGUGUGUCGGAGGGAAUCCAGUCACAAGAGGAGGAAGGGGCCAUAAAGGCAGGAAGGAAAGAACGGGGGCAGUAAAGACAAGGAUAACCAGAUUAAGAGAAAAAGAUGGCUGAGCCGGAGCUGAAAUUACGGAGCAGUCGGGAGAGCGUUGCUAAGGAAAAGAUGGGGGCUGAAGGAGGCAUGGACCAAGAUGGCCAGGUCGUCCCAUCAUCAACCACCCCCAUGGUCGCCGCCUCAUCAUGCCUGAUAGAACCCCCAGGGAUCCAAGGGGGGCAGACGAUCAAACUCAAACGCAGCAUCACCCUUGUCAACGGCGUGGGCAUGAUCAUCGGCACCAUCAUCGGCUCAGGCAUCUUCGUUACUCCGACAGGUGUGGUGAAAGAGACGGGCUCAGCUGGCCUCUCCUUGAUCGUGUGGUCUGUCUGCGGGGUGAUCUCCACCAUGGGGGCGCUGUGCUAUGCCGAGCUAGGCACCACCAUCACUAAGUCUGGGGGGGAUUACACAUACAUCCUGGAGAUAUACGGCGAGCUGGCGGCCUUCCUCAAGCUGUGGGUGGAGAUGCUUAUCAUCCGACCGUCAUCGCAGUAUGUUGUGUCACUGGUGUUCGCCACGUACCUACUGAAACCUCUCUACCCGAACUGCUCUGUGCCCGACAGUGCUGCCAAGCUCAUCGCCUGUCUGUGUCUCACCUCCCUGACCUUUGUCAACUGUAUCAGUGUAAAAGCUGCUACCAAGGUCCAAGACUUGUUUACAGCCUCCAAGUUGCUUGCUCUGGUCAUCAUUAUCCUCUUUGGCUUCCUGCAGAUCUUUACAGGUGAUGUACCUUACCUGAAACCAGAAAAUGCAUUUGAAGGCAGCAAACUGGGUGUUGACAAUAUUGUUUUGGCCCUGUACAGUGGUUUAUUUGCUUUCGGAGGCUGGAAUUACCUGAAUUACGUCACAGAGGAGAUGAUCAAUCCAGAGAGGAACCUGCCGCUGUCAAUCAUCAUCUCCUUGCCCAUUGUGACGGUUGUUUACGUUUUGACCAACCUGGCCUACUUUACAACCAUCUCCCCUGAAGACAUGGUCGAGUCUGAGGCUGUCGCUGUAAGUUUUGGGGAAUACCAUCUUGGUGUGAUGUCCUGGUUGAUUCCGGUAUUUGUGGGGUUGUCUUGCUUUGGAGCCGUCAAUGGGUCCCUUUUCACCUCAGCACGUUUGUUCUACGCUGGAGCUCGCGAGGGUCAGCUUCCUGCUGCUCUGGGACUGGUCCACACUGACCUUUUCACACCAGUGCCAUCCCUCAUUUUCACAUGUGUGUUGUCCAUGUUCUACGCCAUCUCUCAGGACAUCUUCUCCGUCAUCAACCUGUUCAGCUUCUUCACUUGGCUUUGUGUUGGCAUGGCCAUUGCUGGGAUGCUGUGGCUUCGUUUCAAACAACCCAAACUCAAAAGGCCAAUAAAGGUGUAUUUGUUCAUCCCAGUGGUUUUUGUUCUGGGGUGCGUCUUCAUGAUCAUUGUGUCCUUUUGGGCGGCUCCCUUCGAGUGCCUGAUUGGCUGUAGUAUCAUUCUCACGGGCAUCCCUGCCUACCUGCUGGGCUACAAGUGGAAGAAACCACAUGUGGUCCAAAAGAUGCUUGAAAUCUUCACGAUGUUCUGCCAGAAGAUCUUUCUGGCCGUCCCAGAGGAGAAGCAACAACGCGAGGGGUCUGAAUAAAGCCGGACUAAAGUCAUUGACAGCCAGAUCAUUUUGUUUACACAAACAUUUGCAAUUUUUGUGUUGUUUGUCAGUUUUUUUUAAAGGAGAGGGAUAAGGAGUCAAGUGCACACAUGGCUGUAUGCACUUAUGUAGAGCGUAAGCUAACAUUUACACUUAAGCACUGUCGCAUUUUGGACAGUUUUUAUCUAAAAAGUGCUUGUUGCUUCAUGCUCUAGAUUCUAAUGCUAUACUGUGCUUAGUUGGAUUUAUUGUACAGUGGUAUGAAAAGGUUUGGGCUCCAUUUCCUCACUGUGUUCCUCGGAGUGGAACCUGACAGCUGAAAUCUCUGAGCUAGCUUUUGUAUCCUUCCCCUAGACCAUGAUGUUGAACAAUCUUUGCUCGCAGGUCGUUUUGAGACUACUAUGUUGACUCCUUAAAUAACCUCUCAUGAUUGGCUUCACUCAUGUAUGAAGGUCAAGGGUCAAUGAGCUCACCAAACAAAUUUAGUGUUCCAGUAAUUAGUGUUCAAGGUAUUCAAAUCAAUAAAACAACAAGCGUAACCCAAAUGUAUGCACAUGCCUACUUUAGUUUCAGUAACUUCACCUCACAUCCAUCACUGUGAUGGUCUAUGAUAUAUUUCACUGAAAUGGCUGAUCCAAACAACCAGUCAUUUAUAAAGGAAAAGGGGUGCCCAAACUUUUUCAUACCAUUGUAUGGUUGCAAAAAGCUCCAUACAAUGCAAAAUGUAGAUUGUUUUUGUGUCGUUGCUUCUCUAACAAAAAUGUAAUCGGAUUCUGCACACAAAAGAAGUCAGAAAAUAGUCAGAAACUUGACAUUUUUCAUGGAGAUAACUUAAUUGGUUUACGUUCAGGUUAAUCCUGAGUCCUCGUUCAGAUUUACACACAUGAUGAAUGAAUAUGAUGUCCUUUUGUUUUUUACAUCAACCAAAAAACACAUUUUACACUAAUAUUAGAGCCAUUAGAAUAACAAAACUGCUGAUUAUAAAAGGAAGGAGUGUGUUUAGUCGAUCCUUCCAUGCUACUAACACAACAUACGUGUUCAUUAACAAUAACCUUUUCCUUAUUUGUUCUUCUUUUGUCCCUUCAGCUGUCAUAUUGUGGUGUGUGGCGUUCAGUUGAAGCACAAACUGUACAGUGAAAUGAAAUGUUGUUUUUUGACAUGAUGCUGCUGUUUACUGACAAAUGUGAAAAGGUCAAACCACGGUCGACCAAAAGGUUCACCAUUGAUCAAUUGGUAUUUUAAAAAUACGUAUAUUUACGGGACAGGAGAAACUUUUUAUAGUUGAAGCUGAAUCAACAGCGCUCCUGCUGGCUGCAGCCAAGAAGUACACUCCAUUUGGACUCAAUUGCUUCAAGACGGGAUAAUCAAUUCAUUGAUUAUUAUGCCCAUAAUGAGACACAUAGUGUUUGUAUGAAAGGCUUCACAAAGACACGCAUCAAUGUUAGUCUAGUGUCUGUAAAUAGCAUAGCAACCAUUGUAGUAUUUGUAUUUUCUAUUGCAUGUACCUAUUAUCUAUGCUGAUAUUCCAGAUCGGAAAGAGUGUCACAGCUGAGGUUAUAUCAUUUGAACAAUAAUGCUCUGCAAUUAGCACAAAGCUAACAUCUUUUCAGAGGGGCAGGAUAUAGCAUAAUGCACAAUAAUGUAUUUCCUGUCCAAAUAUAUCUGUUUUAUGGCCCAAAACAUCAGAUUAGUCAUUCAGGUUUGAUGAUUAAAAUACAGGUAUAUUUUUGAUUGCAUACCAAACCAAAUUGGACGUUAAAGUCACACUUUUGAGCACAAGAAACACAACACACAGGAAGACUGAUAAAUGUGAAUAUGAACGUCACAUGAAUGACAGACAUCAUUAAAUUUUUGAUUUCUGCUUAAGAAUGCCCAGCUCCUGUGUUUUGUGUCAGUGAAUCCAUGAUGCCUUUAAUGGUAAUUGUACAAUGCAAUGCCGUGAAGACCAACUCUAUUGAAUCAUAUGUUAGUUCGUGUUAAACUGGUGUAUAUCAGUGACCAUGGAAGGUACAUGUAACAAUAAAGCUAUUUUUGUUCAAGAUGUUGUUGUUUUAUAAACAUAAAAAAGGCUGCAUUUCCUCGCGGUGGGUACAGCUGACGUCUUUCCUUUCUUGUUUUUCUUAUCUUAGCUCA